UACUGCUUUACCAUAAAUAAUGAUUUCCCAGCAACAUAGGACCAUUACCGCACAGUCACUACAGCUGGCCGUAUAUGCUGAGACAAAUCUUAAUAUGAUAGUUUUCUGAACUAGACCUGACCGCAGGGACAGUUAUCAGGAGUGUGUCGUUUUAACUAAGGAUCGAAGCAGGAUGGCACAGGAGCCCAUUUGUGGCACAGGAGUCGCUGCUCGCUUGAGGAGUGAAUGGGACAGAAAUGAGGGGCUGGGUCAGAAUGACAGAGCCCUGAAGUUCUUGGGCCAAGAUUUUGAAACCUUGCGUGCCCAGUGUCUUCAGAGUGGACGCCUGUAUGAGGAUGAAACCUUCCCAGCUCAACAGUCCUCUCUAGGAUUUAAAGAGCUCGGCCCAAGUUCUUCCAAAACCAGAGGUGUCCGCUGGAUGAGGCCCACGGAGUUCUGCACUGACCCGCACUUUAUCGUAGAUGGGGCCACACGCACAGACAUCUGCCAAGGAGCUUUAGGUGAUUGUUGGCUGCUGGCAGCCAUUGCGUGCCUUACCCUUAAUGAACCUUUGCUGCAUCGGGUGGUUCCUCAUGGCCAGAGUUUUCAUCAGCAAUAUGCCGGAAUAUUUCACUUUCAGUUUUGGCAGUUCGGGGACUGGAUAGAUGUGGUGAUAGACGACCGGUUGCCAGUCAGAGAUGGAAAGCUCCUAUUCGUCCACUCUGCCGAAGGGGCUGAGUUUUGGAGCGCCCUUAUAGAAAAGGCGUAUGCAAAAUUGAAUGGCUGCUAUGAGGCUCUGUCUGGAGGCUCCACUUCUGAGGGCUUCGAGGACUUUACUGGUGGAGUGACGGAGAUGUACGAGCUAAAAAAAGCUCCACCUAACCUCUUCAGCAUCAUAAGAAGAGCCGUGGAGAGAGGCUCCCUGUUGGGCUGCUCUAUAGAUAUUACAAGUGCCUUUGACAUGGAGGCAGUCACCUUCAAAAAGCUAGUGAAAGGCCACGCCUACUCCGUCACUGGAGUUGAGGAGGUGCAGCACAGGGGAAACCUCACAAAGCUGUUGCGCAUCAGAAACCCUUGGGGAGAGGUGGAGUGGACUGGAGCCUGGAGUGAUGACUCAAGGGAGUGGCGAGAAAUCGAACCAUCAGUAAGGUCCCGUCUGCACCAAAGCAGAGAGGAUGGAGAAUUCUGGAUGUCAUUCAAUGACUUCAUGCGUGAGUUCAGCAGGCUGGAGAUCUGUAACCUGACAGCAGAUGCACUAGCGAGCAGCGAGGUGAAGAAGUGGAACACAGCUUUGUAUCCUGGUGAAUGGAGAAGAGGCAGCACUGCUGGUGGCUGCAGAAACUAUCCAGCAACAUUUUGGAUCAAUCCACAGUUUAAAGUUGUCUUGAAGGACCCAGAUUGCGAAAGUCAUGAUGGCUGCACUUUCCUGGUGGCACUGAUGCAGAAAAAUCGAAGGAAGUUACGGCGCGAGGGCAAAGACAUGGAGACAAUUGGAUUUGCCAUAUAUGAGGUUCCCAAAGAGUAUUUGGGACGGGUGGGCGUGCAUCUAAAGCGUGAUUUCUUCCUUGCCAACACGUCCAGCGCACGAUCUGAGCUCUUUAUUAACCUGCGAGAGGUAAGCACGCGUUUCUGCCUGCCUGCUGGUGAAUACAUCAUCGUCCCGUCUACCUUUGAGCCACAGAAAGAGGGAGACUUUGUGCUGAGGGUCUUUUCCGAAAAGGCUGCUGAUUCCCAGGAACUUGAUGAUGAAAUCUCAGCAGAUGUACCAGAGGAGCCUGAAGUUCAAGAGUGUGACAUUGAUGAAGGCUUUAAGGCGCUUUUUGCUAAACUGGCAGGGCCGGAAAUGGAGAUUAACGUGUCCAAGCUACAGAUGAUUUUAAACCGGGUUGUUGGCAAACAUAAAGAUAUAAAGACAGAUGGAUUUGACAAAGAAUCCUGCAGAGCCAUGAUCAAUCUUAUGGACACAACUGGCACUGGAAAGUUGGGUCUAACAGACUUCCAUGUUGUCUGGGAGAAGAUCAAGAGAUAUCUUGCCGUGUUUAGGAAAUCUGAUUUGGACAAAUCCGGCACAAUGAGUUCUUACGAAAUGCGUUUGGCACUAGAAUCAGCAGGCUUCAAGUUGACCAACAACCUGUUCCAGCUGAUAAUCUUGCGCUAUGCAAAGCCAGAUCUAAACGUGGACUUUGACGGCUUUGUGUCCUGUCUUAUUCGACUUGAGACGAUGUUCAAAACUUUUAAAACAAUGGACACAGAUAGAGAUGGACUAGUAACUUUCAGCUUCACCCAGUGGAUCACCCUCACUAUGUUUGCUUAGAUGGAUGUCCCUCCUCUUCACUGCUUCUGUUUUUUAUCUUCUUUAUUAUGUGACUCUUUUAACUUCAGUUGUGUUAAUGCAGUGGAUACGCGAGCACAGGCAACAUAGCUCCUAUACUAUUAGCUAUAUGGCAUGAUACAGUAUUUGAAAUGAAUGAGCAUGUUUUCACUUUAGUAAACUUGUCUUUAUAUUUAUUAUUUUUAAUGUAUGCAUUUUCAUUGAACAUGGCCCUAUGCAACAGCCAAUACUAACACAGAAAACAUCUUAAUUUCAUAAUUUUUGGAUAAAACUAACUGCCACAAGGUUUACAUACAUGCAAAUAGUAGUAAGAUAAAACCAAAUAUAUCUGAGCCAAAGAACGUUCUACUAUAAAUACAUAGAUUUUGUUAGUAUAACCAGGGUCCAAAAUUAGCAUUGAUUAAAGGGACACUCCACUUUUUUUGAAAAUAUGCUCAUUUUCCAGCUCCUC